AGACGGCACACCAGCUCCACAGCCAUUGAGACUGAUCUCAGGAAGGGGAUGUGUGUAUGUUUCCUAACAACAGUGCUCUCCUUAGUGAGACCAUUGUUAAAUCUGGCAGGGAAACACACAACCGACCGUAAAAAGGAACAGGGGAAACACGAAAAAGUGCCGUUCAGGUUUCUGUGACGGGGACCAACAGUUCGUUCUCUGUGGAUCUGGGAUGUAGACUGCUGCAAUGAACUUCACUGAGAAGCCACGGAAGUCUUGGAUUGAGGAAAACCUCUCCAAGAAGGAGUGUGUGAAGUUCAUCCCUUCCUCCAGAGACCUACACAGAUGCACUCCAGUAUGCCAAGUAUGCCAAAGCUUGAUCAGAUGUUGUUGUGGCCGACUGAUAGCGGAACACUCUUGGCAAGAGUCCCUUCCUCCAGUAUCCCUGCAUCCCGGCCCUGGACAGGAUGUGGAAGAGGACUGGUCCACAGAGCUCCACACCCGGACCAGUCCUACCAACGCCUAUGGGACUGUAGACUUUGAAGAUACUGCCACACGUGUCUGUCGGGCCAAGUAUGUUCGCGUGGCUGUGGACUCCAAGCCAGAAGUGCUGCUCCAACUGAUGCUGAGGGAAUGGCAGAUGGAGAGACCCAAGUUACUACUGACCGUCCAGGGAGGCUCAGAAAAUUUCAUCCUGCCCCCUAAAGUCAACCAGGCCUUUAGCAAGGGGCUGAUCACUGCUGCCCUCAGCACAGGGGCAUGGAUACUGACUGAUGGCAUUAAUACAGGUGUGUCUAAGUAUGUAGGUGAGGCAGUGAAAAUAUUUGGAGGCCACGACUUGAGGACGAGGAACACAGUUGGCAUCACACCGUGGGGAGUGAUCGACAACAACACGGACCUGAUAGGCAGAGAUAUUUUCAGGCCCUACCAGCCACUGAAAAACCCUUUGAGUAAGAGGGCCUGUCUUAAUGGUUUCCACUCCCACUUUCUGUUGGUGGAUGAUGGAACACUGGGAAAACAUGGCUGCCAGCACGGCCUCAGGAGGAAACUGGAGAAACACAUCCAGCUACAGAAGAUACAUCCCCGACUGAACCAAGGAGUGCCUGUGGUGUGUGUGGUGGUGGAGGGAGGUCCUACCAUUGUGUCCACAGUGUUGCACUAUGUCAGCAGUGUGCCCCCUGUGCCAGUGUUUGUGUUUGAAGGAUCGGGCAGGGCUGCUGACCUGAUCGCCUUCUUACAUAAGCAAACUAUUGACAGGCAACUGGAUGCUGACAUCGAAGAGGACUUUCUCAUCAGGAUUGGAGAUGUGUUUGGAAUAGAAAGGGCUGAAGCCACUCACCUCUACACUCUCCUCCUGCAGUGUAUUGAUCACAGACAGUCUAUAACCAUCUUUGACUCAGAGUCAGACGACCACAUGGCACCAGAUGCAGCCAUUUUGACUACUGCUCUCAAAGGCACCAAGGCCAGUGCUCCAGUGCAGCUCAGUAUGACUCUGGCUUGGGACAGAGCUGACAUUGCACAGAAAGAGGUCUUGGUGUACGGACAGCAUUGGCAGGUGGGUUCCUUAGAGCAAGCCAUGGUGGAUGCUCUGGUGAUGGAUCGUGUCAGUUUUGUCAAACUGCUGAUAGACAACGGCAUGACCAUGAGCCGCUUCCUCACUGUGGAUCGCCUCGAGGAGCUCUACAACACGCCACAGGGGCAGACACACCGCUUCCUGCACCACCUUGUUGAAGAUGCAAAACAGACUUCUCUUCCUAUAGGUUACCAUCUUUCGCUCAUCGACAUGGGCCUGGUGAUAGAAUACCUCAUCGGAGGAGCGUAUCGAAGCACCUACACACGGAAACACUUCAGAGCUGCCUACAGCCGCAUACAGGAAAAAGAGGGUAGAUGGGGCAGCUCUGCACCCUUGUCUAAACACAGACGAGGACUGAUACCAACCUCUGCGAGUCUCCAGGACCUGCAUUUCUUUAGGACUGCACAGCCAUGCAAACGCAAGGAGCAAGAUGCGUCACCUGAAAGAAGUCAAGAAAUAACACAGAGUCCAAGCCUUAGUGAUGCUUCGCUGCUGGUUUCUUUCAACUUCAACGACCUCUUUGUGUGGGCUGUGCUUCAGCAGCGGCAGCAGAUGGCGCUGUUCCUAUGGCAACACAGCGAAGAGGCCUUAGCACGUGCCACUGUAGCCUGUAAGCUUUACCGCUCCAUGGCUUUUGAGGCAAGGCAGAGCAGCAUGGACGACAACAUUACAGAACGAUUCAAGACAUAUUCACUUGAAUUUGGUCAGCUGGCGGUGGAUAUGUUAGAUUGUGCAUUUCGUCAGAACGAGCAAAUGGCUAUGAAGCUGUUGACCUCUGAGAUGGAGGCAUGGAGCCAUUUCACCUGUCUGCAAAUGGCUGUCUCCUCAUGUCAUAGACCGUUUGUCUCACACUCCUCCACUCAGACCCUCCUCACAGAUCUCUGGACUGGUCCGCUCAACAUGAGAAAAAACUCCUUUUGGAAGAUCAUUUUAAGCCUUCUUCUGCCCCCUGCAAUCCUGCUCCUGGAGUUUAAAAGCAAAGCUGAAAUGUGCCAUGUACCACAGACCCAUGAGACCAUACUGUUUGGACUUGAUUCUGUCAAGUCAGUAUCAGCCACUGAGGGAACUGAUCAGCCUCAGACGGGUAGUGAAGAUGCAGAACGAGGCCUCUCUUGCCACGACAAAUGUCUUGGUCCUGUUUCAGAAACUGUUUCCUCUAUAACUGUGCAGUGUCUGUCCUGGAUAACAAGACUCUGCGAUUUCUACACAGCACCUGUUGUCAAGUUCUGGUUUCACACAAUGUCCUACUUGGCCUUUCUGAUGCUAUUCUCCUAUGUUGUCCUGGUGAAGAUGGGAGACCGACCCAGUGUUCAGGAGUGGCUGGUUAUAGCUUACAUCUUGUCCACUGCAAUGGAGAAAACCAGAGAGGUAUUAAUGUCCGAGCCGAGAAAGCUGCGCCAGAAGCUGAAGAUUUGGUUCUCAGAGUACUGGAACAUAUCAGAUUUCGUUGCCAUCCUCCUUUUCCUGGCUGGACUGGCGAUGCGUUGGCAGCCUAAGCCCUACCGGACAGCAGGACGCAUCGCCUACUGUCUGGACAUCAUCUUCUGGUUCGUCAGGGUCUUGGAUCUGCUGGCUGUCAAUCAGCAUGCCGGCCCUUACCUCACCAUGAUCACUAAGAUGACCAGUAACAUGUUCUUCAUCGUGGUAAUGAUGGCAAUAGUGCUGCUGAGCUUCGGGGUGUCCAGGAAGGCCAUCCUAUCACCAGAAGAGGAGCCAUCCUGGAGCCUGGCUCGCGAUAUCGUCUUUGAGCCCUAUUGGAUGAUCUAUGGAGAGGUCUACGCAAAAGAAAUAGAUCCAUGUGACGAUGGUGAACCAUGUGCUCCAGCAGCCUUCCUUACGCCAUUCCUCCAGGCAGUCUAUUUGUUCUUCCAGUAUAUCAUCAUGGUCAACAUCCUCAUUGCAUUUUUUAACAACAUCUACUUUGAUAUGGCUUCAAUAUCCAACAAGCUGUGGAAGUACAAUCGUUAUCGCUACAUAAUGACCUAUCAAGGGAGGCCAUGGCUUCCCCCGCCUCUCAUCCUCCUCAGUCACAUGGCCAUAUGUUUGCGAGCCAUCUACAGGAAAUUUAGUGGAGACGCUGAGCGGGAAGAAGAGAGAGCCUCUGGACUGAAGCUCUAUCUGGGCCAUGAGGAUCGCAAGAAACUCCAUGAGUUUGAGGAGAAAUGUGUAGAGGCCCACUUUCAUGAGCAGAGUGAAGGUCUCCACGGCAUUCAACUGAACAGGAUCAGAGCCACAGCUGAAAGAGCAGAAGAGAUGUGCAUGAUGGUGGGCGAGGUCUCAGAGAAGGUCAACCUCAUUCAGGACAGCCUCUCAAAGUUAGACUGUCAACUGGGUCAACUCCAGGACCUUUCGGCGCUGGCCGUGGACACCGUCGCUCUGAUCUCUGCUUCUGACUGCCUGCACCAGGAGGAGACACGCCUGGCUCAAUGUCGACUCAUCACAGAUUCCCGACAUGUCCUCCCUCACAGCUGGACCCUUCCACACAGAGCUGGAACAGACUGUGAUGUUCCUAAUAUCCGGCGACUGAUUGCCAAAUCAUGUAAAAGUACCCCGCCUUCUUUGCUAAAAGGAUAUACUCUGGUGGCCAGUAGAUGUCCAUCGCAGGAGUGCCAUGUGCGAGCCAAGGGAAGCACAGGAGGAAGACAUGGACACACUGAGGAGGGAGAGGAAAGAGCAAAGGAGGGUUCACAUUCUGCUUUUGCUGACCAUCCCACUGAGAGUUGGAUGGCAGUUUCUAGACCAGCAUCCCAUACUUCCUUCUCUCACUUUUACGGCAGCGGGGUUCAUCUGGGUGGUAUCAGGGAUCAGACACCUUGUGAGUCAUGUGAACGGUCUCGCUCUGGGUCUCCUCUUUCUGCCAGAGGCUUGGAGUCACCACAUCAUAAGCUUUGGACAUGUGACCCAUAUUUAUAUCCCAGUCAGGAGGAAACAUCCAUGGAAGAGGGAGAGGAAGAAGAGGAAGAACCAGAGAAGGAGGACACACAAGAGCAAUCUAAUAUAGAAGCAAUCAGAACUUCUAGCAAUGCUUUGCUUCUGUCUGACCCUCGGGACGUCUCUGAGGUGAUAAAUCCGGCCUUUUCCCUGGAUGACAGCCAACCGAGUUCUCAGGCCAGACAUUCCAGCCAAUGGAGGAGACCCGUGAAAUCCUUCAAGUGGACGCGUAUGUCCAGAGAGCGUCCCUACGGCUUCUGCAGGUCCCUGUCAUCCAGUGUGGAGAAUAUGACUUUCUCUGGAGCUUCCCUCAGUCCAAUGAGGGGAUCGUUUCCUUCUCUUAAUGAAGCAAUGAAAAGAGAGAGUUCCUUCAGGGAUGGCACAUCACUACGGUGUAGCAAGAGCCAAGAGUGGUCCAAGUCGUCUGACUUUGAUCAAGUCUUGGACAGCAGAGGCAAAAACCAGAUCCAGAAGACUGUGAAGAUACAAGAGAGAAAUCCAGAUAAUGCAGCCAUGCAGUCCCAUUUGUCGGAUGCCUCCUGGAGAAAACACCAGAAGUUGAAAGGAGAACCUACUUGUUGGUCAGCUUCUACCAGCCUCAGUCAGCUCAAUUUUGAACCCAUCGAUUUGUUGCAGAAACAGGUGUUUUCCCAUCAGGAUAUGUGGAGCCCCACUCACUCAGCAUGGAACAGCUGGGCGAGAUCCAUUAACCUCAUGUCUUCUUUACAGAGCAGCAUGGCCCCUGAAGCUGCAGCCAAGAGCUCCUCGUUCCAGUCCACUGACAAUUUGUAUCCACACUAUUCAGUCAUGGAAAGAAACAAUCUGAUGAGACUGGCUCACACCAUUCCCUUCACUCCGGUUUCCAUUUUGGGAGGUGAACAGGUGAGCGUCUACUCCCUGGAAGAAGUGCCCGCUGAUGACCCCGAAUCCAGCUCAACCUCCUCCUGGUCGUCCCAAGGCCAGACUGCAGUGCUGCAGCCCCUCUCCAGUGAAGAGGGCUCUCUGGAUGGGGGCCUCCGACGGGGCUGCAGGAUGCUGUGUACCUGGGCAGAACAGGACGUGCUCCGACCUGGUCUGGUAUACGUGGUCAAAGCCUUUAGGCCCGAGGUAGUUCGCGCCUGGCAGAGGUACUUCCAUGGUAGCACGGCGCAGCAGCUUUGCUUAAGAGAGAUUCAGCAGCAGAGAGCAGCCCAGAAGAUGAUGCAAGUGUUUAACCAAGUCAAACCCGAUGAUAUCCACCACUCUCCAAGAUUUCUAGAUGUAUCAUUGGUCCUCAUGCAUUCUAAUGGCCAGUGGCUGACUAUUGAGAGGAACAUGUGUGGUGACUUCAGGAAGUACAACAACAACACAGGAGAAGAGAUCGCCCCCUGCUGUUCACUGGAAGAAGUGCUGCUUGCGUUUUCUCACUGGACAUACGAGUAUUCACGCAGAGAGCUGCUGGUGCUAGAUAUACAAGGUGUGGGAGAGGAGCUGACUGAUCCAACAGUCAUAAUGGCAGACGACCAAAGUGGCAGCAGAGGUGAGAUGCUUUUUGGUCCCGAUAACCUUGGAGAUGCUGCCAUCAACGGUUUCCUGCAGAAACACUCUUGCAGUGUUUGUUGCCGCAGACUGGGCUUAAAAGAUUUAAGGAAGCGUCUGGACAGCUGUGAGAGCAGCGAGGCAGAGUCGACGUCGGGGGAAGAAGAACAAGAAGGCGAUGAAACCAGCAUAUAACCUUUGACCCAGGAAGCAGGGAAGAGAAAACACAGACUUUCAUGAACAGAUGUUUUCAUAUGUUACUGUGUCAGCUCUGACUAGUAGGCAGAGUAAAAGAGUAUGACCUGUGACCAGACACGAGAUAUUUUCAGGAUUUUUGUAGCUUAUUCUCAGAAUGCUAAUAGGGUUCUCCCAGUGAUGGGGGACAACAAUAUUGCAGGGUCUUCCUUUAAAAAAGGAUUUAUUUCAUUGUGCUGUAUCUUAUGAGUCUUAAUAGGAAAUGCAUAAAAUACCUUUUCAAGAUUUCACAAAAGUCUAAGGUACAAAGCUACAUGAAGAAUUAAAAAUAUAAUUCUGAUACAUUUGCACAUUAAUUUUGAUUAAUUUAUCGGGAUAAAAUUUCUCCAUGUAUGUGUGAGGCAGAAGAACGAGGCAGAAAUGCACCCAUAAAAUUUAUUUUAUUUUUUUUCUUCCCACAACAAAAUGUCUACAAAAGCGAUAAAAUAUAGAAUUUAACAAAAAUCACUUCAGACCUUCACAUUGUAUAUACAUCUCAAAGGAGGACUCACUAAGGCCCCUGCAUAGCUCUGAACUUCAACCCAGUCUGAUCCAUCAAUUAUGGGUGUUUGUGGCUCUCUUUAUUGCAAAUGCAUGCACACACACACUCUCUUAUUCUCGUGUGAAAAUGAAAACUCCGCAGCAGAGCUCAAGGAUUUACGGUCGAGUCGGAGUUCAGAGUCCAGCAGAGUCCCCAUCAAAUGAAAAACAAAAAAGCAUAAAAUGUAAAAACGGUUUGUCAGUGUAAUCAAAUACACAUUUUCCUUGGAGUUCCCCUUUUUUGAUUGGUUUCUCAAGUAAACUCACACAGUAAAGCAUCUACGCCCCACUCUGCCAAUCCAUCCUCUCCUCACUAGCUAUGGCACUUUGAAAACAAACAAAAUGUCUCAUUUUUUUGUAUUUUUUUUCAUUUUAUUGUUUUGUUUUGUUAGUCCUGUGUAAAAGAGGUUCUGUAGCCCAAGUACCUUUUAGGUUCCAGUUACAGAUUGCUACAUUUUUUUUGUUUUAUUUGCUCUUGCUGGGACGCAAAGACAUUCUAAACAAUAAAUUAACAAUUUUCAACACUG